UAUACUUUCAGGGAUCAUUUCUGUAGUUGGUAACUAGAGGAGUGUGAUCGAAAGUGUCCGGCGUCACAACCCACGAGGAGGAGUGGUGUGUUCUUUCCUGAGCGUGAAGCGGGCGGGCGGUGCUGCUUGUGCAGGAGCCGCCCGCCAUUGAUGACCGUUCCCGUCCCACGUGUUGGGUCUGGGAGGGAGAGAACACAGGCUGAGUGGUUUGUGCCUUAUUCGAAGUUAAAAAGCAGGUUUUAUCGUUAUCGUGGAGGGUUUUUCAGAUGGUGGAAUCAACUCUGUUGAAGGUGUCAAAACUCUGCUCUUCCUUAAUGCUCCCCUAGAGGCAUGGUCUUUUUUUUUAACCAGCGGAGUGUUGUGCUGUUAAUUGUGCUGCCCUGUGAUGCUUUGCUUCUGGCGUUUGGAUUUCAUUCAUUUAGAAACGCUGCAUCAGCUGUGGGUGGUGUGUAUGGAAAGCUACAAGGGAGAUUGCUUAUACCAUCUUACCAACGCUUUUCAGUCUAUCUCGUUAUAUUUCUUAUUCGCAGCAGGAACGUGGCAGUAACCUGCACUGUCAACAAUCCUGCCCUUCCCUUCCUCUUUCCCUUGUCUUUUAGAGGAGAAAAACACUUCCAGUCAUCCUGAUUUCUUUGCAGGUGCUUCUGUUGAUGCUGUGAAUUCCAUGGGCCAAACCUCUCUUUUCACCGCUGCAUUGUUAGGCCUUGGUAGAAUAGUGGAUGUGCUGUUGGAUUAUGGCUCAGACCCUAACCAUCGCUGUUAUGAUGGAAGCACUCCGGUCCAUGCAGCAGCUUUCUCAGGAAAUCAGUGGGUUCUUAGCAAGUUACUGGAUGAAGGAGGUGAUCUGAGAGCGCACGAUGAAGGGGGGAAAAAUCCACAGUACUGGGCUAUGUCAGCUGGAAAAGAAAGCAGUGCUCAGAUGCUGGAAUUCAUACAGCGCUGUACAUUCCACAUGCAGGCUGCCAUUCAGAAUUUUCCCUGUGAUCCAGUGAGGAAGAUUUGCUCAUCAAAAGCACUGGUUUCCAGUCCAUCCAGGUUUGGUGGCCUUGUUCAAGGAAAUGCUGACAGUCCUCUGGGUAGAUUUCUGAAAGGUGGAGUUAAUGCAGCCAAGAACAUCUAUAGCUUUGGUUUUGGGAAGUUCUAUCUUGCAGGCAGCGGGCAUCUGGGCUACUUGGCAUCUCUCCCUAUUAUUGGGGAAAAAGAAGUGGUUCAGGCAGACGAUGAACCGGCGUUUUCUUACCGUGUUGGACCAUGCAUGACCAUGACAAACUUGAUGUGGGGGAGCAGCAGAGUGACAGUGAAGGAACUCAGCUUUCAGCCCCAUCAGAACUGCAGUAAGCUACGCUUAGCUGAUCUUCUCAUUGCAGAGCAGGAGCACAGUAGUAAACUCCGUCAUCCCCAUUUGCUGCAGUUGAUGUCUGUUUGUCUGUCCAGUGAUUUGGAGAAAACCCGUUUGGUGUACGAGAGGGUCAACUUUGGUUCUUUGUACAGCAUCCUGCAUGAAAGGCGUGCCGAAUUCCCAGUGCUGCGCAUGGAGACAAUUCUGCAUGUCCUCCUUCAAAUCAAUGAUGCUUUACGUUUUCUGCACUCCCGUGGAUUUAUCCACCGUACAAUUACCUCCUAUGCUAUUCAGAUUGUUUCUUCUGGUGAAGCAAAGCUAUGCAACAUGGAAUACAUGAUAGAGAGCAAGGAUGGUGGAGAACACAGUGAUCUGACGCGUAUUCCUGUGCCAGCCCAGCUGUAUAAAUGGUGCUCUCCUGAAGUAAUCCUUGAAAAGAGUGUCACGGUGAAAUCCGACGUUUACAGCUUCUGCACAGUGAUGCAAGAAGCCUUGACAGAGACCCUGCCCUGGAAAGGUCUUGAAGACUCAGUAAUUAAACAGCUCAUAAUUUCAGGACAGCAGUUGGAAGCAGAUGUCAGACUUCCUGUACCCUAUUAUGACGUUGUGAAGUCAGGGCUUGAAUCCAAACAGAGGAACCGCUCCAUGAACCUCCAGGAUAUUCAGUACAUACUGAAAAAUGAUUUAAAGGACUUGACUAAGUCUCAGAGUUGUCAUGCUGAUGAAAUGGCAAACGCACAGAGGCCUGCUGUUUUUGCAGAUAUAAACAUCUGUUUGUCAUCAACUUUCAGCUACCAGAAGAGAACACUGGAAUUGAACGAAAAAGGGGUAACAGAGGCUGACAGUUCUGCUGUCCCAAGUUACCCUGUUUUUCCUGAAGAGAAUAAUGCUUUAGUGGACGUUGAGGCACCCACCAGUCUGCAGCUAGUUGUGCAGGAAAGCAGUCACGAUGCAGCUUCUGAAACCCAGAUGACCUGCAGUGUGAGUGAUGUGGAUGACAGCCUCUGUAGCUUUGAAAUGAAUGAAGUCUUUGCCAGUUGUCCUGACUUUCAUGAAGACUUCCUGGAAGAAGGAGCUGAAUUAAGUCGAACACUAAAGGAUAAAAAAAGACAGCAAAAGGAAAAAGAUGAGAAUGUCCUUGGAGACCUGUGCCUGUCCCCUGGAACGUACUGUGAGGAAAAGCCAGGUUAUGAGGAAGGCAGCAUUUCAGAGUCAGUUGCAGAGUGUACUGCAGAAGAGGAGGAAAGGAAAAAUGAGGCCUCUGACCUGAGCAUGCUGGCACAGGUGAGAGGAGAUGCUGGCAGGAGGAGGAGUACUCUGUCUUCAAAUGAACAGCACAUCAGUAAAUGUGUCCUUGAUUUAAAGAUUGUUCAGAGCAUGUUGCAGCAGGCAGCAGAGUCCCUGUGCAGAACAGAGGAAAAACUGGACAAAUUAGAGGCAGCUGAAAAGCAAAGGAAGCUUCUGCAGGGAAUUUGGACAAAUCAGCUUUCUGAGCAAGUUUUUUGUGACAGACCCUGUAACAGAUCUGAUAAUACUUAUCCAAAUAUCAAUAACCCUUUUUCUGGAGCUAACACUUCUUUAUGGAAGGCUGUAGGUCCGCCAUCGAGUGACUACAUUCCACCUCUGAUGACAUGCCACUCACAAGGAGCUCUGCAUGGAGGUGGUUUCCAGGCUGUUUCAAAUGUGACUGAGGAAAUGUGGGCAAUUCAGAAUGGAAAGUGGAAAUGCUUUCAUCAGAGGGGUAAGAGUGAAAAUGAGAACAACCAGCAUGACCUCAGCUUCAGUGAGGUGAAAAGCCUUGAUGAUCAAGUGGACCUAGAACACGAGCAUUUACUCCCACGUGUAUCUGUUAGAUGCAAAAAAAAGUUCAACUUUCAGACUCAGAGAGGGAGUGACUCACGUUGUGCAGCAAGUGGAAGCAAAGAAGAGAGGCGGUGCUAUCCAAAACCAGCAUCUGAAAUUUGCAGCACAAAAAUAAGCGAGGAGAGGAGGAGGAUGCAGCCAGAAUGGAGAACUGAAGUAAGGCAGAUGGCUAGAAAAGUGGCCUCAGGACAACUAGAGCUAAUUGCCCCAUAUCUAGCCAGUGAUUGUACAUCUGAAAGUGAAGUGGAGAGUAUAAAGGAAGCAUUUCCACAUGUCACCAGUAGAGCCCAAAAAGGGCGAGACCAACGAGGAUAUAGAUGGCAUACAGGUGACAGUGCUGAGCCUUGGGAGGAUGGAUCUGAAUCUGAGGAGAGUGAUCUGGAGUCUAUAUUCAGAAGUUCUGGAGGGGGAAGUUGCCAGUCACCAUCACAAGAUGAACAGACAGAAUCUGGACCACCUGUUGAUAAGAAUUCAGUCAUUUUUCAACAAAUUGAGACUGUCUCUAGGGGGCGUUCAAGAGAAUUACCUUGUUCCUUUAAUUCAUAUCCCAGUGAGUCUGAAGAAUUCUUGACUCCAGAUUCUGAUUAUUUCCUUCCUCCUGCUGUUCAGGAAAGCUCAGAACUAAAGAAACAGAGGCCUGAAGAUGCAGGAUCAGGUAUUCAGGAAUCAGGAGGAAAAAUAUUACUCUGCGGCACAGCAGCACAGAACUCUGGCAGUAACACACAAGGAGUGAAUCAGCUUAUCCAUAUGCCUGUAGCCAGUGUUGAAGCAGCACAAGAAAUGAUGUCAAGGGAGCCGCAGGAAGACUCCAAAGAAAAAGACACAUCAGUGGCAGAUAUUCAGGAUUUGUCAAGUAUUCCCUGUGAGGAAGAGCACUGCUACAAGGACAUAAGUUGUAAAACGCCUGGAGUGAGUCGUGUGCCCCCCAGUGUCAGCACUCCAAUCAGUUCAGAGGAAAAAAUUCCAGUGUCCUUUGAGAAGCACAGAUGCUGCCAUGAAGUAGUUUUGGAUUCUUCCUUGUGCAUUUGUCAAGAGGUUUCCUCUGCAGUGUCCCGGACGUUCACCACAGCCUAUGAAGAGGAAAGGAGCACUGAAGUUCUCUCUGCUUUUCCAGGCGUUUGCUCCUCUGGAUUGAAUGAGCCUGGUGGAAUGUCAGUUGUUGCUUCAUCCUCGAGAAGCACCAGGAAGGCACCUGAUUCUGAUCGAAAUAAAAUGGAAGGCAUAGAAGCAAAAAAAGAAAUUGAGAUAAGUGAGAAGUGUGAUUGUGGUGCGUGGACUAUGGAGACAUUUAAUCUAGCAGAGGAAACAGAAAGGGCUGCGAGCCUGAGAGAUCCACGAGGUGUUGGAAGGAAGAAGGGAGCAGAGGAAGGUGGAGCCAGGGCACGAAGCAAUGAGGCAGAUGGCUGUGCUGGGAGUUCAGAAGGCAAGCACUCUGAAGGUCAGAAGUUCCGCUUACGGGGACAGCAGUCUGCAACUUCUCCAUUCAGGAUAAUUGUUUUGGAUCAGAACGGUUCUCCUACGUGAUUAGAAUGGAUAGUGAAUACAUCUGAGUGCAUCAGCUGCUUGCUGCUGCUGGUACAGUAUUCAGCCUGUGAACUGCAGCCCUUUUUUAGUCGCAAAGACUUCUGAUGCUCAGACUUCUUUUAUCUGCAGCAGCAAGUACUAAAAGAAAUCGCAGUGCUUUACUUUAUAGUGCAUUUUAUACUGUUUUUUGCCACUGUUUUAUAUCAGUUAUACUGCAAAGGUGAUCUGUGUUCUGAAUAGAACAACCUUAGUGAGCUGGCUGUUUGUUUUUCUGUAUGCACACUUUCAUAAGCAAAAUAAUUUCUUGCUCUUUUGCAUUACACAGUUUUCAGUGUUACAGACAAAAUGACUGUAAUUCUGUGAACUGCUGUUACUGCUCAGACUCAUCUAAUUUUUCCUUGCUGGAGUGUGGAGUGCUGUGUUGCAGCCCACGUGGUGUAUGUUUUUCCUUGCUCAUUAAAUUUAACAAGGGUAAUUUCUUGUUUUCUCUUCUCUUAGUGCUUUUGUGAUCUAGUGUUGAACUGAUUUGACUGAUAAAGGGGAUUAAUUGCUGUGCAGAAAGUUAAUGAGAAAAAAGCAGUGUUCUUUCAGAGAUACAACUGCACCAAUAUUUUCCCUGUCAGCAUUCAACAAGAAUGCAGAAAAGUUAGCAUUACUGAGAUAGCUGUUGUUAAAUUAAACCACGCUUUCAUGGUCCAAAAAAGGUCCCUGGGAAGUAACUGACUUCUGGGUCAGGCUUUUGAAGGGCACAGCGAGUUCAUGUUUAACUGUUCUUGUGAUUAUCACUGUCCAGGUGCAGGAUGUGUGAGGAUUGUCCUUAUCUCUAUUGAACACAGUGCAGUUCUAUGGCAUUCUUACAGUUUUGUGUCCCAUGUGUUUCUCUUCCAUCCUUGAUCAAGGUGGGAAAUUUUGCCUAUCUGUAACUGUUAAUUUGGUUUAAUGACACUAAUAAAAAUGUCUAAGCUUA